AGGAAAUUAUUUAUAAAUACUAGCAAUUAUAUGUACGCUAGAUAGUUUCUAAAAUACAGUGUUCAAUUGUGGUCGUGUUCCAAAAAUGGCUUUGAAAUUCGUUUGCGUUGUUCUUCUAUUGGUUGCGAUGGUGAACGGAAAACCUCAAGGAUACGGUGACUACAACCAAGGUCGUUCGGUCCCAGGAACUGAACACAGCGGUUUCGGUGGAUUCAACCAAGGCCAGGGUUACGGACAAGGCAACCAAGGCUUUGGACCCGGUAACCAAGGCUUUGGAGGCGGUAACCAGGGUUUUGGUGGCGGUAACCCAGGGUAUGGACAAGGCAAUCAAGGUUUUAGACCCGGUAACCAGGGUCAGGGCUUUGGACCCGGUAACCAAGGUUCUGGCCCCGGUAACCAGGGCUUUGGACCAGGAAACCAAGGUUUUGGACAAGGAAAUCAAGGAUUUGGACAAGGCAACCAGGGGUAUGGACAUGGCAACCAGGGUCAUGGACACAGAGGAGGUUACCAGGAACAUGGUUAUUAGAUAAAGUAUGAGAUAGUUAAGUGUCCAGUUAUUGGCAAUACCAAAGUGUGAAUAUAAUAAACAUUUUAAAUAAAUUG